AUGUCAGCGGAAGAAAAUUCUAAAUAUAAUGUUAUAUCAAAUUCUUCAACGUUUCAAAAUUAUUACUCAAGUUAUAAAUCACAAUUUAAUGAUCUAGAUGAUCAACCAUGUGAUGUUGCAUGUUUACUUUGUGAUUCUUUAUAUACAAUUCCAACUAAUAAGGAAGAUUUUAUUUGUCAUUUACUUAAAGAACAUCAAUUAAUUAUUGGGGAUGUAUAUAAAAUAGCUAGUUUAAAAAGUUAUAUCCGUUAUUGGAGAAUAAAAUUUAAAGAGCAGCCUAUAACCGAAUUUUGUACUACACUAACUAUGGAUAGCAACAGUCAAUCAAAUAAAGAUAAUAAAUCAAAUCAAAAGCUUUAUUUUUUACUUUCAGAUUGUUUAACAGAAGAUAAAACUCUUAGAGAUGAAAUACAACGAGCAAAAUUAGAAUGGGUAUUAUCAGAACAAUUAAAAGAACGAAUAGAUAAUACAUUUAAAAGAGAUUGCAUAUUUUGUAGAAUAGAAUUUUUAGGUUCACGUAUUGAAUAUGUAAAUCAUCUUAAUCAAAAACAUAAUAUUUUGUUAGGAAAACCAGAAAAUUUGGUUUUCAUUGACGAUUAUCUUGAUAAAAUUCAAAAUAAAAUAGAAAGUUAUAUAUGCAUAUAUUGUGAAAAAAUUUUUAAGAAUCGCUUUGUAUUAAGGAAACACAUGCGCAAAAAAUUACACAAACGAGUUAAUCCUAAUAAUAAGAUUUAUGAUAAAUAUUAUGUUUCAAAUUAUUUACCAGAUCACCCAAAUUGUAGCAAAAAAAAAUAUACUAAAUUGCAUAUCAGACAUAAUGAAGAUUCUUCUGGAUUCAGUGAUAAUGACGAUAAUUGGUCAGAUUGGACUAAUGAAAACAUAAGUAUAACAUGUUUAUUCUGUGCACAUGAUGCACAAGAUUUUACUACAAUUUUACAACAUAUGAUGUUAAAACACACAUUUGACUUUGAAGAUAUUAGUAAAGAAUUUACUUUUUAUCAAAAGGUGAAAAUAGUUAAUUAUAUAAGAAAACAAGUUCAUGCAAUACGAUGUGUUUAUUGUGAUGUAAAUAUAAAGGAUCUUAACAUUCAUAUGAUUAAACAAAAUCAUUAUAAAUUGCCUGAAAGACAGAUUUGGGAUCAACCAGAGUUUUACUUUCCAAUGUUUGAAAAUGAUUCGUUUUUAUAUAAUUUAGAUACAAAUAGUGAUAAUGAUUAA